CUACCAGACGGGUGCACUUUUGACCAACAUUUACACAUUUUCUACUUUAUAAACAUGGCAGCUAUCGGAUCUCUGGUGUUUUGCACCGCUUGCGGUAACCUCUUACCAGCAACAAAAGGAACGGACCGCAAUUCCCUUCGAUGCGAAGCCUGUGGCGCUUGGAAUCAAGACACGGGAGCCAAGAUGAUUACGACCCAAUCGAAACCUUCCGACUUUCCCUCCGCCUUGAGACAAAAGCUUCAGUCCAACGUUCAGGCUGUAGAGCGCCACACAUUAAACACUGAAAUGAGAAUCAACGAGCGCUGUCCCAAGUGUGGAAGAGAAGAAGUCAACUAUACAAACGUACAGCUCCGCGGUGCAGAUGAAGGUUCGACAGUUAUUUUCAUGUGCGACUGUGGUCAUUCAUGGCAACAAGACAAUUAAGAGAGAAACGAAAGCGAUUUUAUUUAUAUACCAAUGACCAGUCUAUUCUAUGCAACAUAACUUUUACGCGGAGGCACCCGCAACUUCAGGAAUCAACGCAUAUUCUGCCUGACCACCUUUUUCGUACUCAGCCAUAUCGAGGGCAACAACAACGCUUUCCCGAACGACUUGUUCCUUAUCAUUCAAGAACUUCUUAAGAGUAUCCUCAACACCCUCUUCAUCUCCCAAGCUACCGAGAGCCUCAGCAGCUUCGUGACGGACCAUGCUUUCCUCGUUGAGGUCACCGAGGGCGGCAGUCAAGGCUGGGAUGGAAGCAGGGUGUGACAACUGACCAAAAACGAAGGCAAUCUCAUGUCGGAAGAGCGCUGACUCGUCGGCAAAGCCUUUAGCAAGCGCUUCAACGGCAGGGACGGCUGUGGGAAGAUCGGGAGGGGAGGCCAGAUCGCGGAGAGCAAACAUGGCCCGGUAGCGCAUGAACAGAGGCAGCUUGGUAUCCAUCAGUUCAUUACCCAGCUGGUCAACAGUCUUCCCAGUGUCGGACAUGGGGGGUGCAGGGUCCACAGAAGCAAAGUCACUUGUAAAUAUCAAAAGUUAGAAUCAUUUCACAAUGUAGCGUAAUAGCAUGAGCCCUACCUGGCCUUUAGUUUCUCCUGUUUCCUCGCCUCGGAGUUCUCCCAUUCAAUUCUGUCGAUAGCGAUCUCGCAGGUUUCUGUGACUACAACUGCCUCUCCUUCGCGGUCGCGGAACUGUUUAAGAAUUUCAAGACUGCUUGUGUUGCCAAGAGCGCCUAGGGCCUCAGCAGCCUCGUGUCUGCACAUAGGAUCUUCUUCAAGGUCGGAUAAAACGUUGCGGAGAGGCUCGAUCGCAGCAUCAUUUCUUGUCUGGCCGAGACAGUAUGCCAGCUCAUGUUUGAGCAGUGCCGAGGGGGAAGCGAAAGCGGCUGCAAUAGCCUCAAUAGCGGCAACAACACUCUCUGGUGACUGUGAGGUCUGGGCCAGGUGUUUAAGAGAGAAUAGCGCACGGAAUCGGACGGCCAGAGGCGUCUCCUCAGAGCACAGGCUCGUUCUGAGGCUUUGGAUUGUUUCGGUCGACAUAGUUGGGUUCGAUGGCUAAUUUUGAGAGUGUGGGACAGCACGUAUGGAACAGCACGAAC